CGCACGCGCAAAGUUUGGUUUCUAUGACGUGCAGUUACGCGCGUUCCUCAAAACAGUGAAUGUUCCCAGACAGAGGAAAUCCUUCAGACUGUAAAUAUACAAAACAAAUUUGCAAAGGACUAUAAAGGAAGAAUACAAGUAAGCGACUGAACAAGGUGACUUUAGUUCUCCUUAGACUCUUUACUGUCCUCUGCUGAUCACAUCACAGAGUAUGAGUGAGAUUUAAUCAUACUCAAGUGUUUUGAGGCAAAGAUGACAAGAGGAAAAUGGCAGGACAGGCUGAAGUCUGUGGAGCAGAGAGCCUCAUCUUUUCAGUCUUCUCCUCUGAGCUGUCCGUACAAGCCACGUCUGUCCCGGCCAUGGCAGCCCUCCUCUGUCUGGAGACUUUUCCCACGGCAGAAUGCAGCCAUCGCCUUCACUCAGCACAUUAAACAGGACGUGCAUAUAUUUUCACUGGAGAAGGAAGGCAGUGAUGCUGGACAGAGGAUUUUCCUAGUGACCAGCUACAGUGAACUUUGGCAUUAUUACAGUACUCACAGACAGUCUCUGAUGCACUGCUAUGAGGUGAUUCUGGAAGGGGCCGUCUGCAAACUCUACUUUGACUUGGAAUUCGACAAAGCCUCCAACAUACACCUGGACGGCAAGAUGAUGGUGGCAAAACUAAUUCAGUAUGUGUGUGAGAAGCUAGAGGAGGUUUAUGGUCUACGCUGCUCUGCAAAAGACGUCCUUAAUCUAGACUCCAGCACCUCUGAGAAGUUUAGUCACCAUCUUAUCUUCAUGCUUCCCAGUGCUGCAUUCAAAGACAACUCUCAUGUGGGGCGAUUUAUUCAUGAUAUCCUGGAUCCUGCUCUAAAAAGCCUUCAAAAAAGCAAACCAGAAACACCUACAACAACAGUUUGUCCAAAAGAGAACAUAGAUGAUGUGGAUGGUUCUCAGGCUAAGAGAAGAAAACAUGAAGAGAAGGAUCUUGACUUUCUGAUAGUGAAGAGCAAAAAUGGACAAGAACAACUUUUUGUUGACCUGGGUGUCUACACAAAGAACAGAAACUUCCGUCUCUACAAGUCUUCCAAACUGGGAAAGAAUGCAGCCUUUUGUGUGGCAGAAGACAACAAGUUUGUCCCAAAGCCCUCCAAGCACACCGCAAAAGAAGAAUGCAUAUUUUUAGCUUCCUUAAUCACCAAUAUCAGUUUCACAGGACAGAGGAUUUUGACUUACGAUACGCCACAGAAGAGUACAGCAGGAUCUCAUUGUUCGACCCCUCAGAGAGAGUCACACAGCUCUGAUCUGUUGGGUGAACAGAAGGUGUCUCCUUUUAAAGAGGUGGAUGAAUUUGUGCUGACACUCGUGUGCAAAGAUGGCAUUCAAGGAAGCAUCCGGCGCUGGAACUACUUUGCAUCUGAACAGCUGUUGGUUUAUGAUAUUGAGAAAUUCCGCUGGUGCCACAAUGUGAAGCGCUUUCACAAGAGCAAUAACAUCAUAAUUGUGGUGGAUCUCAAAGAAGAAGUGUGGUAUCAGAGAUGCCAUGACCCUGAGUGCAGAAGACAGAACUACAGAUCCUCCAGUUUUCCACUGCCUCAAGAAGUCUGCCUGAGCCACAUGCUGAUGGAGGAUGAAGAGGAUCAGGCAUAUAUAACAGAUGAACUGGGGAACAUUGAGCUUGCCCAGAGCUCUGCAUCCAUGACUGAUUCAAAAGAGUCAUCCUCAGCUCCUCAAGCUGAGAAAGCUGAGGACUGGGGAGAGUGGCCUGAUGAUCCUGCUUAUCUGGAAGCUCUGCAGGAGGUAGAAAGGGCUGCUGAAGAUGUACCUGAUGAGCUUCUGCUCCAGGCAGUGAGUGAGUGUGAAUGAUGGCAAUCUAACCUGAAAGUCUCUGGAUGGAGGGAUGGCAUCUGGGUGUCAUUAUUAACAAACUAUAGUGCAAUACCCAAAGUUCCUUUUUUCUUUUUGUAUACAUUAAACUGUAAAAUGUGUGCUUAAAAUCUGCAAUUCUUAACAAGUUGUAUUUUGUGUUCAAAGAUUAUUUCCAUAAUUUAUUUUAGAUUAUAUGGCUUCGGAUUUUACAAGUGUGUAUAAUUUGCAACAUUUUUUUGAAUAUACAUAGAUGGAUUAAUUUGGAAGCACAAUACUCAAUGCUUGUUAGCCCUAGUAAAUAAAAAUUGAAAAUAAUAAAAAGUAAUCUGUGUGCAUAAAAUUAUAUACUA